UGGGCGCGUCGUCGCCCCCUGCGCCUCCGGGAGCCCAAGGUCGUCCGCGGCCGCGUUACCAGCACCUGGAAAGCCCCACUUUUGCUAUGUUGCCCUUUGGAGACAAAACAAGAGAAAUGGUCAACGCAUGGUUUGCUGAGCGAGUUCACACCAUCCCUGUGUGCAAGGAGGGCGUCCGAGACCAUCCGGAGUCUUGUUCCUGCCCCCCGCAGUCCAGUCCCCGUGCAGACAGCAGUGCCCCUGGGACACCGACCCGGAAAAUCUCUGCCUCUGAAUUUGACCGGCCUCUUAGGCCCAUUGUUGUCAAGGAUUCUGAGGGGACGGUGAGCUUCCUGUCUGACUCAGAAAAGAAGGAGCAGAUGCCUCUAACCCCCCCGAGGUUUGCUAACGAGGAGGGGGAUCAGUGCUCCAGACUCUUGGAACUAGUGAAAGAUAUCUCCAGCCACUUGGAUGUCACAGCCUUGUGCCACAAAAUUUUCUUGCAUAUCCAUGGACUCAUCUCGGCCGACCGCUAUUCCCUGUUCCUGGUCUGUGAGGACAGCUCCAACGACAAGUUCUUGAUCAGCCGCCUCUUUGAUGUCGCAGAAGGUACAACGCUGGAAGAAGCGUCCAACAACUGUAUCCGCUUGGAGUGGAACAAAGGCAUCGUGGGGCACGUAGCCGCGCUGGGGGAGCCCCUCAACAUCAAAGAUGCUUAUGAGGAUCCUCGGUUCAAUGCAGAAGUUGACCAAAUUACCGGCUACAAGACCCAAAGUAUUCUUUGUAUGCCAAUUAAGAAUCAUAGGGAAGAGGUUGUUGGUGUGGCCCAAGCAAUCAAUAAGAAAUCCGGGAACGGUGGGACUUUCACUGAAAAAGAUGAGAAGGAUUUUGCUGCUUAUUUGGCAUUUUGUGGUAUUGUUCUCCAUAAUGCUCAACUCUACGAGACGUCACUGCUGGAGAACAAGAGAAAUCAGGUGCUGCUUGACCUUGCUAGCUUAAUUUUUGAAGAACAGCAAUCAUUAGAAGUGAUUCUAAAGAAAAUAGCUGCCACUAUUAUCUCAUUCAUGCAGGUGCAAAAAUGCACCAUCUUCAUCGUGGAUGAAGACUGCUCCGAUUCUUUCUCCAGCGUGUUUCACAUGGAGUAUGAGGAAUUAGAGAAAUCAUCAGACAGUCUAACAAGGGAACGUGAUGCCAGCAGAAUCAAUUACAUCUAUGCGCAGUAUGUCAAAAACACUAUGGAACCACUUAAUAUCCCAGAUGUCAGUAAGGACCAAAGAUUUCCCUGGACAAACGAGAACACAGGAAGUGUUAACCAGCAGUGCAUUAGAAGUUUGCUUUGUACACCUAUAAAAAAUGGAAAGAAGAAUAAAGUGAUAGGGGUUUGCCAACUUGUGAAUAAGAUGGAGGAGAAUACUGGCAAGGUUAAGCCUUUCAACCGAAACGACGAGCAGUUUCUGGAAGCGUUCGUCAUCUUCUGUGGCUUGGGGAUCCAGAACACGCAGAUGUAUGAAGCCGUGGAGAAAGCCAUGGCUAAGCAGAUGGUCACCUUAGAGGUGCUGUCCUACCACGCCUCGGCUGCCGAGGAGGAGACCAGAGAGCUCCAGGCUUUGGCGGCUGCUGUGGUGCCAUCUGCCCAGACCCUGAAAAUCACUGACUUCAGCUUCAGCGACUUUGAGCUCUCCGACCUGGAGACGGCCCUGUGCACCAUCCGCAUGUUCACGGACCUCAACCUGGUGCAGAACUUUCAGAUGAAGCACGAGGUUCUCUGCAGGUGGAUUUUAAGUGUGAAGAAGAAUUACCGGAAAAACGUCGCCUAUCACAACUGGAGACACGCCUUUAACACAGCCCAGUGCAUGUUUGCUGCCCUGAAAGCAGGCAAGAUCCAGAACAAGCUGAGCGACCUCGAGACCCUGGCGCUGCUGAUCGCCGCACUCAGCCACGACCUGGACCACCGCGGGGUGAACAACUCGUACAUACAGCGGAGCGAGCACCCGCUGGCGCAGCUCUACUGCCACUCCACCCUGGAGCACCACCACUUCGACCAGUGCCUGAUGGUCCUCAACAGCCCGGGCAACCAGAUCCUGAGUGGCCUCUCCAUCGACGAAUACAAGACCACGCUGAAGAUCAUCAAACAAGCCAUCUUGGCUACCGACCUCGCGCUGUACAUCAAGAGGCGAGGAGAAUUUUUUGAACUUAUAAGAAAAAAUCAAUUCAAUUUGGACGAUCCCCAUCAAAAGGAGCUGUUCCUAGCCAUGCUGAUGACAGCGUGCGACCUUUCCGCGAUCACAAAACCCUGGCCGAUCCAGCAGCGGAUAGCCGAGCUGGUAGCGAGCGAGUUUUUCGACCAAGGAGACAAAGAGAGAAAAGAACUGAACAUAGAGCCCGCGGACCUGAUGAACAGGGAGAAGAAAAACAAAAUCCCCAGUAUGCAAGUUGGGUUCAUAGAUGCCAUCUGCUUGCAACUGUAUGAGGCCUUGACCCAGGUCUCCCCAGACUGCUUCCCUCUACUGGACGGCUGCAGGAAGAACAGGCAAAAGUGGCAGGCGCUCGCAGAGCAGCAGGAGAAGACCCUGGUGAACGGGGAAAGCAGCCAGGCCAAGCGGAACUGAGGGCAGAGCGCAGGCGGGG